AAAAUAUAUUUCGGCCCAACACAACCAAACCCUACCCCUUUAUAAAUCAACUUGGCUGCCUCUGCGCCGAUUCAAACCGAGAAACCUAGAUCUCAAAGGUGGUAGAGUGAAACAGUUGUUGUGGUGGAGCCCGAACAAACGAAGGACUUACGAAACAACAACAAUGGGCUCGCCUCGAUCUCCAGCUUUCUCAUCGGCAAAUUCUUGGACCGAAGACAAUAUGCCAUCGGGAGAUUCUGCUACCUAUCUCAAUGAUUGGCCAUAUACGAGUUUGUUCCCCACGCAAGUAAUUGAACCUUUGGAGGUCCAUGGUUCUUUUGAUACAAACUCAUCCUCGCCCGAAGUUGAAAAAACGUGGAGAAUAUUUUUUCGACUUUUCCAACGUACUGAACCUCUGAAUUGCUAUAUACUAGAGAUGACCGAGGUUGAUAGCGGAAACAUAACGAGAUAUGAAUCAACGGUGCGUGAAUUUGAAGUGAGUACUAGGAUUCUCCCAGUGGAUGAACAUGUCGCAAAAAUGCCAAUGGUUCAGAUUUUCAAUCCCGUCCAUCUUGAGAGAAGAAGCUACUUAACCAUCAGCAAACGAUUAGGGAACUGGAUAGUCGAGCAGUACAAGUCAAAUGAUUCAGAAUCCGGAGACAAGUGUUACAAGCAUACUAUUUUCGGGGAGACAUUUUGUUCGAUAGACGAAGUAAUGACAUUUAUAAUGUGCGAUGUCUUUCCUGAAGAUUUGAGGAUGGGAUAAGGUAAACCAUAAAAGAUCUCUUUCAUGAAUUUGGCCUUGCUUUGACUUGCUAUAAAACUUGCAUUGUUUUUUUUUUUUUUUUUCUCUUAUUGCUUUACAAUGUUGACAUGAUGACUAUUAAUGAUGUUUAAGAAUGUGAAUGAGGGUAGAACUCAUUUGAUGUUGUUUUUUUCAUCAUCUUUGUUAUAUGAAAU